CUGGGUCAUAUCUUUUGUUUUUGUUCUGCAAUUUCAUCUAUCUACCUGGAUUUUCUGCCUAACAGCAGAAUCUGUCUCGUCUCAUGCUCGGAUCAAGUGUUCGCUCCCAUAUCAGUACCUGCUUCUUCAUCUCCCUGUCUCUCCUCUCCCUCAGUUCUAUUCAGCCUGCUGUCAGUGGGUGCCCAGACGGAGAUGAAGAAGGUUGUUGGGGACAAUGCCACCUUACCAUGCCACCACCAGUUCCCAUCAUCCAGCCCUCUGGACAUCGAGUGGCUCCUCCAGAAACCAAAUUCCAAACAGAAAGUGAUCAUCACCUUCUUCGGGGGCCAGGUGUACACGGAGGUUACGGGCAGCGAGGCCAAUCGUCUGUCCUUUGCUGGGGAGUACCUGGGCGGAGACGCCUCCCUGCUGAUCAGUGACCUGCUGCUGACCGACUCUGGGGAGUACUAUUGUAAAGUUAAAACUGGGGGAAAGUACCACUGGAGCCAGGUCAACCUCAUUGUGCUCGUCAAGCCGUCCAAGCCAAGAUGCUGGAUGGAUGGGAAACUUGUAGAGGGCAGUGAUGUCAAGCUGAGCUGUAAAUCCAGCGAUGGUUCAGACCCCAUUAGCUACAAGUGGGAGCGAGUGCUGGACAAAGGCAAGAGUCUGGGCAAGCUGCCAAACCUGGCACUCAUAGAUCUCAAAAACCCAGAGAUUGUAACCCUGAGGAACCUCACCAUGGACAGCACAGGUGUCUACAGGUGCACGGCGAGCAAUGACGUGGGAGAGGAAAACUGCACCAUCGAGGUCACAAUGCAGCAUGUGAGAGAUGUGGGGAUGGUGGCAGGUGCAGUUGUGGGAAUAUCUCUCGGUGUCCUCAAAGUCAUAUUAAUCAUUUGGCUCGUAUUCCGGAAGAAAGAGAAGAAGAAGUACGAGGAGGAGGAGACCCCAAACGAAAUCAGAGAGGACGCUGAGGCUCCCAAGGCCAAGCUUGUGAAGCCGAACUCCCUGUCCUCGUCUCGCUCUGGCAGCUCGCGCUCCGGCGCCUCCUCCACACAGUCCAUGGUGCACAACAGCGCCCAGCGUGGUCACCGCCCCCGCCCGCCGGCUGUAGCUGCUCUCAAGGAAAAUGGACAGCCUCCAGGCUUCCCCCAGUCCCCUCCAGCCUACACUGCAGUGGUGCCCCCCAAGACCCCCGAGCCCCCCGCCACUCCCAAAUACAACUCCAGGAACAUGUCCGGACCCACACCCCCGACUCUUAUGGUCCCUGCCCAGACCAAGGCCUUUCAGACUGUGUAGGACUGAAAGCCGACCCGUUCCUGCAGCCAUGUGAAACCACCCAUCCCUUCCCAAGCCCCCUUUAUCCCCCUCCACAAGACAAAAACUCUUCCAUAAACAAAGAAAUGCAACUAGUUAAAAGGAUGUAAUUAAAAGAAUCAAUACUAUAAGUCCAAAAGUACUUUUAAUGAAUGCAUACUUAAAAAGGGAAAAUAAGACAUGCUUGCCCCCUACUGAAUUGCAUAAAAACAACAAAACUAAAGCAAAAGCAGAUACCUGAGAUGCAGCACUGUUUGUGUCUCAUGGCUGAAGGCAGAACUUCUUUUUUGAGUUCCUUGUUUUGGCUUUGGAAGACACAGAGAAGCACCGUGUGCAUUGAGGUGGAAGACUCCCCCUAGUAGAGCCUUUAUUUAUUUAUCAAACCAAGUGGUUAGCCAGGCUGUAGGAAGAAGAAGUGAGAAAAGGAAAACGGUAAAGUAUGGACAGCAAAGUAAACCCAACUCGAUAAAGUCACACCUCUUUUUACCAUUGCUUGUUUAAGAUGGAUAUGAGCAUGGUGCACGUGGGUAGAAUGAGAGCGAAACGACGGCUCCCAAAUUUGAAUUCUCAUUUUCUAAUUGGAGGACGGCAGCGCGUGGUGACUCUUGUGAUUCACGUCGCUCAGCACUUCCGUUUGGAUGCUUGCUCUAAAAACCACAAAGCGCUUCGCCUCCCACGGGCUGGGGCUACUGUGCCCAUCCAUGUGGACAGACGCAGGGCGCGGCAUGUGCAUCAUCUGCCUCAGUGCUCUCUGUCUUUUGUGCUUUCACAAGGAACCCAAGAGAAACCGUGGCAGUCCUGAGACUGACUCAGCAAGCUCACAAAAAGCUCCUCUGCAGGGGAAACUUCAGGUACAAGGAUGUAGCACUGACAGCAGAGUCAAAUCAGUGGAGCUCUUAGCCUCCCGCCCACGGCCUGUCUACUUCUAUGGACCUCCUUCUCUCUGGUACCAAAUAUCCUCCCUGAGUAAUUAACUAGUAUUUAUUAGGCCUAUAGUGAUACUUUAAAUAUAGAGGUAAGCUUGUAAUAGACCAGCUGGGCUUUCCUUUCUUCAGUCUGUGUUAUCCUGUGUCUCUUCUCCCUGAGCAGGUUGUAAAGAGUGACAGACAGCCAUGUGUCCAAUCAUCCAUGUUAAGAAGUGCCACCAAUCCCCUGGACGGGUUAUUAUUGUUGCUUUUUAUAUCUUUUGUUUGCCUGCUACAUUUCUGAACUGAAGCCAAAAUCUGUCACAAUGAAUGUGUGAUGUACAAAGACGGUGGAUUCCAUAACUUUUCAGCCUACCACAAGGUACUGAAACAAGCUAAGGCACAAGAAAUUGACCGCGACGCUCAAUUUUUACAACGCUCUGUCUGAAUGAGGGGAAGCGGGGAGUACGUUUCCUGAGAAUUUAGUUAUUUAGGGCUUGUAUGCCAUCAUUGUCAACACUUUCCUUGAAUUCAUUACUGCGGUGUGCCACUUGAUUGCUGUUUCACCAGAUCACUUGCUUGGUUAAUGGUCAAGCCAUGUUAACAGCCACGACCCCCUUAUGUGGCAUCCUCAAACUAAACCAUUUGCAGAUUGAUUGAAAGUAGCUGAAAAAAGGGGCAAGUAGCCUAUAUAGUGUGCCUUUGCAAUCCCUCUUCCUUUUGAUGGUUUCUUUCUUUGUCCUUCUCUUCAGCACACCAAUAUUUAGGUCUCAGUUCACAUAUAACAGUUGGUCCAACAGCAGGAAAUACCUAGAGAUUCCGCAACCUGCUGUAGGAGAACUCGAUUUUGGCAAGGGAACCCCAAGCAGAGUGAAUGGUGAGAAAGCAAUCCUAUGCCACAGGACAAUGUACUGUACAUUAUGUAAUCAGUCUUGUUUUAUAUUGUACAUACAGAUAGAUAUAUGCACAUGAUGUCAUUUAAUUUAAUGAUAAGGGUAUGUGAGGGGAGAGCUCCCCCAUUAUAAAAAAAAGGGUCAAGUGAGAACCCCAAAGUGGAUUUAAACCAUGUGCUUUUUUUCCAUGUAAAGCAUAUACUGUUAUAUACCAUACUCUUCUCCAAAUGCCUAUUUCAGUGUCACAAACAAUUUACAUGAUGGAAGGUGCAAGUGUAGGGAUAAAAAGAAUGAUCGAACUGGGUAAAAUCCCACGAAAUAUAUGGUUUCACAGGGUUAUUACCCUCUAGAAGUUUUUAUUUCCUUUGGUAUACGUGAUUCUUUUGUUGGUUUUGCUUAUAUCUACCCCUCCAUCAGAGCCAAGGUAUCUUUUGAAAGUGAUGUCAGACAUGAAAAUUAUAUUUUUUUCCGCAAUUUGAACAACAGGUUCAAAAUGUUGUCUGCAAACCCUCUUAUUUUUGGACAAGGUACUGAUGGGUGAUAAAUUAAAGGAAAAAAGAAUUAAAGGAAACAUUGCUCUGCACGUUGCAGAGCAAUGUUUUGGUCUUAUUAACCCCUGAGAGCUCGCAUUGGCUAAAUACGGUCCAGAGAGCACAAGAGAAGUGGGGAGCACAUGAAGAAGCCUGUGAUGUCCUCAAGUGAGAACAAAACAACACUUUCUUAACUCAGUUGUUUCUGGCAGGGAGGGCUGUCUACAUUUAGAUUUGUCAAAAGAAAGUCCUCGGGCUGUUUCUGCCAGUGACAGGUUAGCAAUGUCAGCAGCUGUGAUGGCACAAACAGACGUCAGAUGAAAAAAGUCGAUUCCAAAUGUUGCAUUUUUAACCACGGAGGAACAAUAUUUCGCCCUGAGCUCAAAGGAAGAAUAUCUCGUAGUUUUCAACUUCUGCAAAUGCCACGAGCUUAAAAAAAUUCCGUAUUACUUUUUUCUUUUUCUUUUUUUAAAGGAGUCAAAAGUCAUUACGGUGUCAGCAAGAGUUGGCUACAUGCUGUCAUAUUAAAUUAAGGUAAAGAGAGGAAGGUUUUCUGUGAUGUCGAAUGUUUAUGAUGUGGACCGUUCAAGUCAGUUCCUGUGCCCUCGCGACUUCUUUGUCUCCUUCAACAAAACCGUCAGCAAAACACUGUUGAUGUCUUUCACCUUUGAAAGCAAGUGUUUCUCCACAAGUGUUUCAAAGUGGUCAUUUGAUAGAACAUGUCCGACUAAUGGACUGGCUGAAUCAGCAUGGCCGAGUAUGCUGUUGGCUCAGCGCCGCUCUUUUGCCCAUUUAUUUUUUCUUUUAAUUUAUCACCAGCUCAUCAACCUAAUCUUUACUCUCAGGACACAUUUUAUAACUAGGGUCCCCAAACAGUUUUUAUGGCUGACAAAUAGCGAGUACAUUAUGAUAAUCACUGUCAGUAACCCCCAUCAGUAAUCGCUAUUAUCUUAGGCAAACCCUUUCCCUUUCUCUAGACCCUUGAUGGCAGAGUUCCAGUCUCACCUCUCUUAUAAAUAGCAUCUGUCAAAAAAAAACACGUGGUUUGCUUUCACUCGCUGGAUUUUGACAUGACUCAAAUAUAAGGGACAGUUUAAAAAAAAAAAUAGAAAGCUUUUUAUACUUAACUAGAAACAGCAGUUCAUAUUCAAUCACUGAAGCUAAGCACUCAAGCGUGUGUGGGUGGGGGGUGGGGGGCGUAUUUUUGUGUGCAUGCAUGCCUGUGGAUGUGCGUGAAAGCCACACCCAUAAAUUCUGAAGUCAGCCAUUCACUGAGUGAGAAGGAUCCAGUCAAGCAAAGUAACCUCUAUCUAAAUGUAUAGGACUCUAGAAUAGCAGUGUUUAUUUUAGCUUUUUCUGGGUUUUUGACUAUUGAACUUGGCUGCACAGGCAGCACACGUUUUUUGCUUGUGGGUGUGGCAUCUUGAGACAAAGAACGUUCAUUAUUCAUAGCCAUCGUCAGCUCUGGAGGCCACUUAUACUCUCUCUCUCUUUCUGUCUCGCUCUAUCUACUCUCAUUGUCUCUUAGCAUAGCAUCUACCUGGCUCUCUGUGUGCUGAUGGCACCUCAAGACACACACGCCCAUAAUCUGAGCACACAUGAUGCAAACGGGUAGAAUUUUAACACGCAUCAACAUGUGCCCAUACGUUGUGCAGGCGUGCACCGGUGUGUGCUUUUGCACAUGCAGCAGCACACACACACACACACAUAACCCAUGAACACUCAGACUGCCUCCUCAGUAGCAAUUCGAUGGCUCUGAUACGUGGAAGUUUUACAACUGACAGAUAAAACCAGAGAGGAAAAAUUGUAAAAGGACACCGUGCACUGUAACAUGCAGCUACUCUGACAAAGCACACACACACACACACACACACUUUCACUGAGACAGACAGACACUGCUAUGCAUCUUAACAAUCUGGAUAGGAUUUUGCCGAAAGACUUUUGUCAUGUGAAGCUGCACGGGUUGUGCUGGGAAUCCGCAGAGGUACAGCAGGAGUGCUAGUGAGCCAGAGCUUCAGGCUCUUGCUAUCGAAUGCUAUUGCAGCCCCCUCCCACCACCACCACCACCA